AUGGGCUGGUCGAUGAUAGGGGUUACCCAGAUUAACCUGCAUCACAGCAAAGGAGCCUCGGCGGUUCUAGCCAGGAGCCAGUCUGUGAUGCACACAGCCAUUUCCUUGAUACAAGAACCAUGGGUUGUCCGUGAAUGUGUCAGGGGGGUGGCAGCAUGUGGGAAGCUUUUUAAAGCUCCCACCGAACAGAGGCCUAGAGCGUGCAUAACGGUUAAGGGGCUAGAUGCACGGCUCCUGCCUGAAGUAUGUUCCAGGGACCUGACGACAGUGGAGGUGACAGUGGUUGGCAGCGCUGAGGAUGCCAGGAACCUCAUCAUCUGUUCGGCCUACUUCCCGCACGGAGAAGAAGUGCCGUCGCUGGAAAUAGUCAGAUUGGUGGAUCUCUGCCAGAGGGAGGGAUUGCCAUUACUGAUAGGAUGCGACGCCAACACGCAUCAUACCAUAUGGGGAAGCACUGGAACGAACGAAAGGGGAAGGAGGUUGCUGGAGUACCUGCUAACUACUGACCUGGAAGUUCUGAACAGAGGUAAUAAACCCAUCUUUUGCACGGAGGGGAGAAGUGAGGUGUUAGAUCUCACUAUCUGCUCGCGUGUAUUCGUGCGAAAGGUGAGGGAAUGGAAGGUGUCGAAUGAGCCCUCGCUCUCCGACCACAGGCAAAUAACCUUUAGACUUUCAGAUCUCAAAGUGGAAGUAAAGAAGGUGAGGAAUCCAAAGAGGACGGACUGGGUAUCCUAUCAGAGGGACCUGGGAAUCAAUCUCAGGGACUUUCCCAAGAAGUACGGCACGGCGGAGUUAGAGCUCUGUGUGGACUAUCUGCAGAGGGUUUUGAUUGGCUCUUACGAAGCGAACUGCCCGUCCAGCAUGGUGACAAACAACAGGGGAACUCCCUGGUGGAACCCACGACUGCAGGGUCUUAGGAUCAAGGCUCGGAGGGCUUGGAACAAGGCGAGGAACACGGGCCGACCCUCUGACUGGGAUCUUUACAAGAGAUCCCAGAAGGAGUAUAGAGACUCGGUGGUGGAGGCGAAGAGGAAGAGCUGGAGGGACUUCUGCGAGUCGGUGGAGGGCAUGCCAGCCACCACCAGGCUUUGCAGAUUUCUAUCCAAGAACCCGGAGACAGCGUUGGAAGCGGUCCGAAUGUCAGACGGCACCAUGGUAUCUGGAGAAAAAUUCCUGAUGCAUCUUCUGGAGACUAGUUUUUCUGGUUUCCGGAGGGAUGUGGAUAGGUGCGGAGAGGUUGACAUGGGCCCCUUCAGGGCACGUGCCAGCGAUUGGAAACUAGCGGCCGAAAUUGUGAGGCCAACUAGGGUCAGAUGGGCGAUUGGCUCUUUCCGACCUUUUAAGUCGGAGGGGCCCGAUCAGGUGUUCCCGGCUCUCCUUCAGAGAGGGCUGGAGUAG